AUGAAUGACAUUAAAGGCAGGUGGGCCUCAUUGAGUGAAGAUGAAAAGCAAAAAUACUUUCAAGAGGCAGCAGCACUGAGGGCACAUGGGCAGAUACAGGACCUUAGCCCUGAGAUGAGGGAUGCCCGAAUUAAAAUGCACCUUAAGAAGCUGAAGUUAGAGGUGUCCAAGCUUGAGGAUUUGGGUGUGGAAACAGCCAUUUUAUCAUUUGACCGCCAAAAGUCCACAUUAGAGGUGUUUGAACUGAGCAGCAAAGGAGCCACUGAUUUCCUUGAUUCAACAGAGACAGUGAACAACUUUGCACUGCAUUUCAAAGCCAGCUCCUCACCCGCAACACCCAGUACCAGAGAACAUGUCAGUGUUCUGGUAGGAAAAGUGCAAGAUCUAUUCAACCAAAAAUAUAAGGAAGCCGGAGGUACUGGGAGGCUCCCCUACCAGUCCCUGGUAAAUCAGAGCAUGACCAUUAAUGUAGCUGGACUGCCCACAAGCCUUACCCUCAGGAAGCCUUCCUUUUAUGGAAGGAACCAAUUGGUCGAAAUUUUGAAAGCUGCAGAGGAGAUUUCAUUUGAAAUAAAUGCAGCACAAUGCAACCCCACUGACUUGGGAGAGGAGAUGUCAGAACACAUGGAUGCAGAAGACACAGCGGAUGGGAUCCAGACGAAGUCGGUGGAGGAAAUUUUAGAGGCCAUGUGUGAAAAUGGUGCACAGCAGAUGGAAGAGUCCGCAGAAACAGCCACUACUGUAGCCAUCGUGAUGACUGCAGAUAAAGAUGGAGACAAUGUGUGCUGUGUCUGCCGCAUCCAUUUUGACGACAAGAAUAAGAACGCAAGAAAGAAGUGGCGUUCAUGGUCACAGUGCACAGUGUGCCAAUCAUGGUCACACACUGCAUGUGGUUUUAAAAAGAACUUGUGCCUUCCCUGCCAGAGUCAAAACAGCACGCAAACACCCUGAAC